AUGAACAAGCUCAAGGAAGAGCUUGGGCUGCGCCCCUCUGCGGGCUGGACUGAAGUUCAGAGGUCUUUCAGACGAAAGGCCUUUGAGCUUCAUCCGGACCACAAUGGGGGCGUGGCUGGCGCCGGGUUGGCUGAGCUAACCCGGCUGUUCAACCUUGCCAAGGAAGAACAGCCGGAGGUGCGAAGCCGCCCGGUCAAUCCGCACUCAGCGGGAUGCCCUUGGGCUCCAGAAUCGCUGAAGGGGUGCUUUGAGGCGGCUAAAACCGCCCCUCAAAGGAAGAGGGUUCGCGCCCUCUUCGCCAGAGCCUUUAACAAGAGGCUGGCCGCUCCUACUUGCACAUGCGGAGCUUUUUGA